GGGAGAGAGAGAAAAAAAACACUACACAGACUCGCUCCACUACACCGCCUCCAUUUUGAAUAGCCAUGUAAUAGGGGAUUCGCAUAGUUUGUGUGUAUCGCCUACUGCGCUGCGUAGUGUCAACAAGCCACAGUCGGAGAGCCGUCGACAUGGACGACCUGUUCAGUCCGCGCAGGAGCUUGAACAGCACGCAGGGUGAGAUAAGGGUGGGGCCAAGUCAUCAGGCUAAGCUUCCAGAGCUGCAGCCCCGGCCUGCUCCUGCUCCUGCUCCUGCUUCACAGACACAGACGCAGACGGAGCUCGAGGAGCUCAUGUGGACGCCGGGGGUCAAUGACUGUGACCUCCUGAUGUACCUUAGAGCUGCGAGGAGCAUGGCAGCAUUCGCAGGGAUGUGUGAUGGUGGAUCCACAGAGGAUGGGUGUUUAGCAGCCUCCCGUGACGACACCACACUAAACGCUCUCAAUAUGCUCCAUGCGAGUCAUUAUGAUGCAGCCAAAGCUCUUCAGCGUUUGGUGAAGAAGCCUUUGCCGAAGCUGAUCGAGAAAUGCUGGUCCGAGGCUGAUGUGAAACAUUUCAUCAAAGGACUGCGACAAUACGGGAAAAAUUUCUUUCGCAUCCGCAAGGAUUUCCUACCCAGCAAAAAGACCGGAGAGCUGAUCUCUUUCUAUUACCACUGGAAGAAAACUCCCGAGGCUGCAGGAACGAGAGCUUAUCGACAGCAGCGCAGAGAGCCGUCCUCGCGUAAGGCCAAGACUCGCUCUGCGGCAGUUUCGGUAAACACAACGUCACGUAAUUAUUCAGUGGAUGCGAGUUCUGCCAGUGAGGACGAUCUGGACAGUGAAGACAGUGAACAGGAAAUCAAGUCCUGCAGCAACUGUGGUGCAACAAGUUCUAAGGAUUGGCACCAGGGGGGUAAAGAUAAUCACCAUCUGCUCUGCUCAACUUGUCGCUUACAUGAAAAAAGACACGGCUGUCUGCCCCAUGCUCCAAAAUCCCCAGGCGCUUCAUUCAUGUUUAAACCUGUGAAGGAGGAAGAAGUGAUGAACAGCAAGCAUGGCAUGAGGACACGGCGGAGCAGAGCACCUCAGCUGUCAUCUUUAAGAAGUGGCCACAGGAGGCUCACUGGCUCCCCCACCAGUGAAGAACAGUCCAGUAACCAGCCAUCUCCCAGCAGAGUGACCUCCAAUUCACUGAGGUCAUCAUCCACGGACAAGAGUGAAUCCACGAAGAGGUCAAGCAAGAGAAUAAAAGAGGAGGUCAUGUUACCAAAGACAACCAAACGUGUCCGCGAGAGUCCAGCUCAGGAGCCGGAAAAAGUUACAUCCAAGAGGCUGAAGACGCAGGAUCCACAGGGCUCCCGCUCAGAGGGGGAGGCUGAGGUGGAGGAGGAGAGCUCGUCAGAAAGCCGCAGCGCUCAGGAUGACGGCAGCAGUGACACCAAAGAUAUUGAUCAGGACAACCGCAGCUCCUCUCCCAGCAUUCCCAGCCCUCAACCGGGCAACGAGAGCGACUCGGACUCAUCCGCCCAGCCCGCCGGCGUCCCGCUAGAGCCUGUUGCGCCCUCUGCUGUGUUGGUGGACACACCAGUCCUGCAACCGAUCCAGGGACCUCAGGGAGCUGCUGCUGCCGCCCCUGACCCCCCGCCAAGCAGCUCCUCUGCUGAUUCCACUCAGAGCACCCCUCCUCCUCCUCCGUCACCAGAUUCCCCUCCGUCAGCAGCCGUUCUCCCCGCAGCUCAGGGGCCUCAGACCAGCCGACCGCAACCCGGCUCUCACCCUCUGUCUGGUCCACAUCCUCCUCCGUCAGCAGCUGCUCAGGAACCUUCUCCGUUUUCAACAUUUCAGACCCCGCCUGCGCUCAGCUCAGCGCCCCCUCUGCAGACGCAGGGCCUUUCACCUCAGGCCCCCCAGCGACCGCUGCCGUUCUUCAGGGAGACACAGCUCCCUCAUUCCCCUCUGGGCGGACCACAAAUCAAGCCUCCCCCAACGACGCCGAUUCCACCGUCACACAAACAGCUUCCCCAUCAGUCGGCUUCACCUUUCCCACAGAUGCCCUCCAAUCUGCCCCCUCCACCUGCCCUAAAGCCCCUCAACUCUCUGCCAAACCAGCACCCGCCCGGCGCCCCUCCCCCACCUCUUCAGCUCAUGCCACAGUCUCUGCCGGGGCAGCCGCCGCCGCUGUCCAACCAGCUUCCCGUGAUCUCUCAGGUGCAAACGCACGCUGCAAAGAACACAGCGCCCCCUCCUGCCGUGGCCUCACACCCCCUCACCUCUGUGACCACUUCAGUGAUUGGCUCUGUUUCCAGCCUCCAGCCGUCCUUCCUGGCCCCCACCCAGAGACCGUCGCCCAACAGCACAGCAGGCGGAACACAUGUUAGCAUCAAAGAAGAGCCGCUGGACGAGAUAGAGGAGGCAGAGAGUCCGACCCCUCCACCCCGGAGUCCAUCGCCGGAGCCGACCGUUGUCAACAUGGCCAGCCACGCCAGUCAGUCUGCAAGGUUCAUCAAACACUUGGACCGUGGCUAUAACUCCUGUGCUCGAACCGACUUGUUCUUCACUCCUCUGUCCUCCUCCAAAUUGGCAAAGAAACGAGAGGAGGCGGUGGAGAAGCUGAGGAGAGAGGCUGAGCUCAGUGCUCGACAAGAGCGUGAACGAGAGAAGGAGAGGGAGAGAGAGCGAGAGAGAGAGGCAGACAGGAGCUCCAGAGCCAGCUCCUCCCACGACGGUCGUAUGGGUGAGGCCCAGAUGGCGGCUCCAGGUCACGGACGCCCCUCCUUUGAGCAGCCCCCCACCACUGUGGCUGCCGUGCCCCCGUACAUCGGGCCUGACACGCCUGCUCUCCGCACCCUGAGCGAAUACGCCAGACCUCAUGUCAUAUCCCCCAGCAACCGCAACCAUCCCUUCUACAUGGCGCUAAACCCCGGCGACCCCCUGCUGGCCUACCACAUGCCUGCGUUGUACAGCGCCGAGCCCGGGCUGAGAGAGCGUGAGCUGAGGAACCUCAGAGAGAGAGAGCUCCGCGAGAGGAUGAAGCCGGGCUUCGAGGUCAAGCCCCCCGACCUGGAGACCUUACACGCCUCUCCUAAUGCCAUGGAGCACUUUGCCAGACACGGUGCACUGGCUCUCCCACACAUACCAGGGCCUCCUCACCACUUUGCGCCGUUCCACCCCGGGCUGAACCAUCUGGAGCGUGAGAGGAUGGUGCUGGCCGGACAGCAGCUGCGCCCGGAGCUGAGUUACGCCGAAAGACUCACCGCGGAGCGUCUCCACGCAGAAAGGAUGGCUUCCGUGGCGACCGACCCUGCUGCCAGGCUUCAGAUGCUGAAUGUGACGCCGCAUCACCACCAGCACUCUCACAUUCACUCCCACCUCCAUCUGCACCAGCAGGACCCCCUCGGUCAGGGUUCAAACCCUCACCCUCUGGUGGACCCUCUGUCAUCUGGACCACGUCUGGCCCGAUUCCCCUUUCCUGGUGGCCCCAUCCCCAACCCGUUACUCGCUGACCUCCCUCACGACCAUGAGAUGUUGCGCCACCCGCUGUUUGGGGCGUAUCCUCGAGAGCUGCAGGGACCAAUUCCUCAGAUGUCUGCUGCUCACCAACUCCAGGCCAUGCACGCUCAGUCUGCAGAGCUGCAGAGAAUGGCCAUGGAGCAGCAGUGGUUACAUGGACACCACCUCCAGGGAGGCCCCAUACCCAGCCAGGAAGAUUACUACAGCCGUCUGAAGAAGGAAGGUGACAAGCCAUCGUGAGUGUCAGGUGGUGCAUGACCUAAAACCCAUUUAUACCCAAUACCAAUACUGUGUACCUUUGAGACUGUAAGAACAUAUUUGUGUGACAUUUUUUUAAUGUUUUAAUAUAUUUUAGAGAGAUACUUUGUGGAAUACUUUUAUGUGAACAAUCUAUUUAGCACUUACUGGGAUUCGCAAAGUCCGUCUUGAGAUUUUCAUAUCGACGAAGCAACAGCAGUGGAAUCAGAGACGGUUGUUACCGUCACACGUGAGAGAUAAAAACGGCCAAAUCUUGAUUUGAAUUAGAAGUCGCCGACGGUGCAGUUUUUAACGGAUAUGAAAACAGACUGACUUUGUGGUUAAAGUUUAAAUAUACUUGUUGCCCUAAAAAGUUUCUAAGUGAUUUCCUGUAUAAAAUGUAUUUGAAUGAACUAGCAUGACUCAGUUUUCACCAAACUAGAGUAGUGAGUUGCAUUGUAGUUUUUAGGCUCUGAGAGUGUAGUAGAAGUUUGUUCUUACUCUUUAAUCUGCUAAAUAUUUGUCUGAAUUCUAAAUUUGUAUUUAUCAAAAAUAUCCUUUCAUAGUAUAACCUCAGCUUUUAUUUCCUCAUUUAAGAGACUGUAAAUACCACAGCUUCACUAUAUUCUGUACAAAUGAGUACUGUUUACCAUAGCACAAUAGCAGGAUAAAACGUGAUAUAAACAAUAUACAGUAUAGUGUUUUAUUGUGAGAUACUUUAACUGUCAUUUGGACCAGCAGCAGUGCAUUUACAACAUUAAAAUUGGAGAAACUAAAACUACCUACAAAUGAAAAUAUUCAAAAACUGCAUUCAAACUCAAUAUUUAUGUGAUAUAGUAUUAAAAAAAAAA